UCCUCCAAUCCUUCCACUCUCUCCGCCACUCCUGCACCCCGGUAGGCAAAACCAUUCACGCAACGUUAGGGAUCAUGUUAGCGGCUGUGCCUUUUUAACGCUGCCUUCCGCGAGAGGGCUUCCGUCGCCCCUGCCAGUUCUCGACUCUGCGGUAGGAGGCUCAUUUACUGCCACUACGUUGGUUUGGAGUUGUCGAUCCCCCCCGCCAAUGGACGGGAGCUAGUUUAUCCCAAGAUGGCGGCGGUUCCUGAGCUGCCGUAAAGCACAGUUCCGAGCCGGGCUGACUCACGUGGGAGUGAGCCAGACUCGGGGUCUCCUGUAGCGUGGCCUCCCCAGGACUGUACCGAGCGCGCGCCGCUGCACCCGCUUCCGAGCCAUGCCUCACAGAAGGAAGAAACCCUUUAUAGAGAAAAAGAAAGCUGUAACAUUUCACCUGGUACACAGAAGUCAGAGGGACCCUUUGGCAGCUGAUGAUACUGCACCUCAGAGAGUUCUGUUGCCUUCACAGAAGGGAGAUGAGGAACAGAGGAGAGAAGAGCAGAGGAAAUACGGAGUGUUCUUUGAUGAUGACUACGACUACUUGCAGCAUCUAAAAGAAGCCUCUUGUCCCUCAGAGUUAGUCCCAUCUGAUGUGCCUGGUCAACCGAGCAGGAGUAUAGUGAGAGGGGAAGGAGAGAGAGAGGAAGAAAGUCAACAGAUUCCAGCUCCUGCUAUUAACUUGCCUUCCUCAGUGUUUGCCUCAGAGUUUGAAGAGGAUGUGGGACUGUUAAAUAAAGCUGCUCCUGUUUCAGGACCCCGUUUGGAUUUUGACCCUGAUAUUGUCGCAGCUCUUGAUGAUGACUUUGACUUCAAUAAUCCGGAUAAUCUUCUCGAAGAUGACUUUGUUUUAAAGGCCAAUGAGCCAGGGAAAGGAGACUGUAAAGGAGAGGAUUGUCGGGGCUCUGAUACUGAGGAUGAAGAUGAGUGGGAGGAUAUGGACGAUGAUGAUGGAAAGGACAACAAUGGUAGUGAUGAAGAUUAUGAUUCAGAGGGUCCUUUAUCAGAUGUUGAGGGAGUUAGUGAAGAGAUGAAAGAGUUUCUUUUCAUGCAAGAGGAGACCAAGAGCCGUUUCACAGCAUACUCCAUGACUUCGUCCGUAAUGAGAAGGAAUGAACAGUUGACCCUGCUAGAUGAGAGAUUUGAGAAGUUCUUUGAACAGUUUGAUGACGAUGAGAUUGGAGCGUUGGAUAAUGUGGAAUUAGAAGGCUUUAUUCACACCAACAGCUCUCGGUUGCAAGAAGUCCUGAAUGACUACUACAAAGAGAAAGCUAAGGACUGUGUGAAACCCGAUGCUCUUGAACCAAGAAAGGAUUUAGAUUCUCCCCUUAAUGAGAAGGGUGAGGAAGAAGAAGAAAUCAUAACUUUAGUUAUUGAGGAACCCAAAGACAAGUGGGACUGUGAAUCCAUUUUGAGUACGUACUCAAACUUGUAUAAUCAUCCAAAACUUAUUGAGGAGCCAGCAAAGUCCAAACCAAUCAAAAUUUCUCACAAGAGUGGAAUCCCACUGGAUAUCUUGCCUCAGAGAGGUCUUACGGCUAAGCAGAUCGAACGCAUGCAAAUGAUUGAUCAGAGUGAUCUGCCAAGAGUUUUCACACAGCCACGUUUAAAAAAUGAGAGCAGAGAGGAUCGAAAAGCUAGAAAACAAGCCAUAAAGGAAGAACGAAAGGAACGGAGAAUGGAGAAGAAAGCCAACAAAUUAGCCUUCAAGUUGGAAAAAACAAGGCAAGAAAAAGAACUGCUCAAUCUGAGACAGAACGUUCAAGGGCUCAAACUGUCGUAGUGGAACAGAUGACUUUUUCAUAUUGUGGAAAGUUCUUUGCAUUGGUCUUUGUGCUAGGAUCUUGGGAAGACACUGACUCUUUUAACCUUGUCCCUUCAUGGACAGAAGUUCAUAACAUGGUAUUUGAAUUUUUCUAUAACCAGGUCCAGUAAUUUGCCAUCUCUUUUUAAAUGUAAACAGCUGAAACAAUUUUUGGUUACAAAUUAAAAUUUACAGUAGUAUUACUGUAUUUUUCUGUCAUGAGCAUGGUAGCUAUUUAUAAACUGAGUUGCACUGGGAGUGUGUUAUACUUAAAUUACAGAAAAAUAUACAUUUUCUCUGCAACAGGUUUUGUACAUACUGAGAAAUUUUAACUAUUGUGAUUCAAGAGAUCUCACUGCUGUUUCUUGAUUAGAUUUACCUAUCUGAUUGUCCAUAAAAUAAUUUUCCCUCUCUUUUAUAAUGGUAUUUAAAUGCAGGUUCAGUUGGAAACCACUCUUUGACCUUAGCGCAGUUCAGUAUGUCAAGAAUAUGCAGUGUUUCCCCCCCAAGCCCUGUCCAACUGUCUGAAGUAUCUGUUGCUGUUUGAAUACUAUUGUGAAGAGUAUUGGAAAAUCGUAUUUUAAGAGAGAGGUUUAGAAAACCCUUUUUAAAUUUAAGGGUUGUCUAAAUUCACGUGAUUGUGCUUUCCAUUUCAUUUGGCGGGUGAAAUAAUUAAAGAUAUUUAAUGCAAGAUUUAGGUUGUGCCUUUAAAAUCAAAGUUAGCAACAUUAACGUCAUUUCCUUGUGGAAUUAACUUGGCUGUAUUGAACAGGCUUGCAUACAGUGUUUGCUAUAAAAUAUUCAAACAGUAAUAAGUCAAAACUGUACACACGCAG